UAUUUGAGCUUCGCAAGUCAUUGUGCUAGCACAUGAAAUGCUUAAUAACGAUCGUACGAUGAGUUUGAUCGUGCGAUCAUGAAAAUCUCCGCGCGAACACAGCAACGCGAGUAGUACGGCUGGCACGGGACGAGAGAGACGAGGAGGGCCCAACACCAGUGACACCAGCACUCGACUCGCUGGCGGCCGGACGGCAUUUUGUGUAUCCAUUGUUUGUGUGAAGCGUUUGGCUAUUCUAUUACAUACAAGAUGACAUUCGAAGAAGAUUUAAUUAACCAAGUACGUUUACAUCCUGUUGUUUGGAAUAAGAAGAGUGAGGACUAUAAAAACAGGUUGAAAAGUGAAAAAGCAUGGGAUAUAAUUGCGAGGAACGUAAAUAAAACCAAAAAACAAGUUAAAACUAGGUGGCAACACUUAAGGGACAUCUUUCUAAAAGAAUUGAAGAAAGUUCGUAAACCACCUCUGGAGAUCCAGGAAGCCCAAAUGAACAACAUUACUCGGGAAAGUGGACCUAUUACCAAAAUAUGUUAUUUUUAAAAGAUAUUUCAAUGCCUUGACUAACCGAAUGUAAUAGUGUUCAUCAAGAAAUUGGAAAUAAUGAUAAUGAUGCCAGCCUACCAACCACUUCAAGAUCAGAGCAGAAUCUUCAGUUGCCUGACGAAGAAAAUUCUACUGCAUUGUCUAAUAGAUCCGAUUUUGUAACUUCUGAUAAUGAACAACUGUCUACUAGUGCUUCGUCAAUUACACAGAGAACGUCCACAGAAGCUUUGGAUAGUGUAUCACAAACUGGGUCUCAGCAAAGAAAACGCAAAGAAAAUCAAUCAAAUUUAAACGAAUAUCAGCGUCGAAUCAUCCAAAUCGAAGAAGACAAAAUUAAAGUGUUUAAAGAGAAAGACAAAGAAGCUGAGGAUGAAGAUAUCCUAUUUUUGAAACCGCUAGCUCCAUAUUUUAAAUAUUUGAAUCCAGUACAAAAAUUAAGAUUAAAAAGUAAAUUACAGAAUACAAUAGCAGACUAAAUUCCUCUAGCUAUGCCAUCGCCCCCUUCCAACUCUUCAUCUACUAUGUCAAUGUCAAUCAGUCAACCAGUGAACGCUCUAGCUAUGCCAUCACCCUCUUCCAACUCUUCAAUGCCAAUCAUACCUCCACCAGUGCACGCAUCCUCAUCAUUGACAUCACCGACACAGACCCGACAAUUCUACGAAACGUGUAUCGACACUAACUACUAAACUAGAAUUUAAAAUUCGACGUAAUUUUGCUGGCAUAAGUAGUCUUUUAGGUACUCUGUUGCGCAUUAAACCGACGAAAUCACUACGUACAG